UCCGACUCGGGUUCUCUGGGGACAGCUCCUCUGCGCCCCAUAGGUCCCUCAGUCAGCGCCUUCCCUCGGGCGCGGCGACCCGGCGCGGGUUUCCAGGGGACAGCUGCCCGGCGCCCCUGAGGUCCCUCGACAGGCACGGCGACCCGGGCACCUGCUGCCGCGACCCUGAUCCUCCGCCGUCGUCGGGCAGGUUGCGGUCCCCGCGGUUCCCUGCAUCUGUCAAGAGGGCGGGGGCUGGGAAGGCGGUGUCCGGGGACGGUGCCCUUGUUCUCGAGGCGGCCCUGGACGCGUCGCCUGCGGGGCCUGAACCAAGGACCCCCCCCCGCACCCCGCUUUGUCCUGGUGAGGCGCUCCUGCCGCGCAGCGGCAUCUUCCUCUGUUAACGUCGAGAAUGAGGAGUGAAGGCUGCUCAUUAUCCUGCAUUGUAAAGUAAAACUUGUCUUUUUAGAAGCGUCUACUGAAAAUUGGCGCAUCUCCUGUGCUUCUCUGGGUUGUAUUGGGAAACUGGGCCAGUCGCUGUCAGGACUGUCCUGUUGGUAGGUCUCGAGGGAAAGAAAUGGGAGCGAAACCUACCCCGUAAAUAUUUUCUUAUUCAGGUGCUUUUCGAACUACCUAUUAGGUGAUUGCCUUUUUUUUUUUUUUUUUUUCUUCCUGGAACAAAUUACAAACUGCAGGUAGAAAUCAGGAAGGCCUCUUUAGGCUCCUGGCCAGGUAGCGUUUUUAGCAUUUUUCUGAAUGUGAACAGGUCCGAACGACAGACCAGAAUUUGAAAAGAAAGGUUUUGCUGUGGAUUCAUAACGAGGGCUUUAUUUUUCAUUGGUAUUUUAAUGGUAAUGGUAUAGCAAUGUUUUAUUUUUAAUGUUUUUUUAAAUGGCUACUAAAAUUUUAUUUUGAAAUCACAGCUGUUUCAGUCACCCCCAAGAAACCUUUAAAACGUCUUAUUAGAAACAUUUUUAUAUAUAGGAACAUUUAGCCAUUUAUACACAUUUCUAAGAUAGAAAUCACAAUGAAGAUAUAUUGUUUCACUAUUCCAAAUUCCAAGUAACCAUGGUGAAUAUGGUUUCACCAUUCCAAGUAACCAUUGUGAAUGUGGUUAUACACCUCCAGUCUUUUUCUAUGCAGAGCUUAAUACAUGAGUUUUUCUAAAGUGAAUUCUCUUUUGUAAUUAUCUUUUUCUGACUAGAUAGCAUGCCAUUAUAUGGCUGUAAUAUUAUAAUUUAUUUCAUUGGUCAUUCUCAGUUCUUCCCUAUUAAAAUACAUUGUUGGGUAAAUGUAAAAGUCUGCAUAUCUAUGAUUACUUUCGAAUCUCACUCUGUCGCCCAGGCUGGAGUGCAGUGGCACGAUCUCGGCUCACUGCAACCUCCACCUCCUGGGUUCAAGUGAUUCCCCUGUCUCAGCCUCCCGAGUUGCUGGGACUACAGGCAUGUGCCACCAUGCCCAGCUAAUUUUUGUAUUUUUAGUAGAGAUGGGGUUUCACCAUAUUUGCCAGGCUGGUCUCAAACUCCUGACCUCCGGCGAUCUGCCCGCCUCAGCCUCCCAAAGUGCUGGGAUUACAGGUGUGAGCCACCGCACCCGGCCCAUGAUUACUUUCUAAGUGUACAUUCCUAGAUGAUAGAAUUGUUGGGCAGAGUGUGCAGAUAAGGGUUUUUUUUUUUUAAUGUGAAUUGCUCAGUUUCCCUCUGGAAAGGAUAUGCCGUUUUGCACUCCUACCAACAAUCUGUGAGUGUCCUUACCCACACCCUAGCAAAAGGCAACAUUUAAAGGGAUUUCUAUAGGAAUACUUUUGAGCCAUACUUGUACUCUCCAACCAAGUACAACUACCCCUCUCUAGUCAUCACUUUUUUCUUAUUUGUUGAUAGCACUUCAGCUUCUCAUCUUAUAUUGCACCUUUACUAUUUUGGUAAAGAAAGGUUAUCUAGGUGAGGCAAAGACAUAAUAAACAAGAGAUUGAAAGUUAGGAUCCCCUUGAAAUCCAGUAUAUCUGAUUAUCUUGAACAAGUCACUUUUCUAAGGUACUCUUUCCUCAAUGAUGCAUUAGGGUUUAUAAUACAGUUGUCUUACCUUUCUUAAGGAUAAUUUUAAGGGUCAAUUGAAACAUUCCUGGAAAGUACAUUUAGACACACUUUGUCUUGUUGGUAUUUUUAAAAAUUAUUUUUAACUUAUUAUUUUUAAAUAGAGACAGUGUCUCACUAUGUUGCCUAGGCUGGUCUCAAACUCUUGAGCUCAAGCGAUUCUCCUGCCUUGGCCUUGCAAAGUGCUGGGAUUACAGGCAUGAGCCACUGCACCCAGCCAUGUUAUUACCAUCUGGUAAAAAUUUCAGAGCACAGAAGCAUCUUGAGGUUCAUACAGUUUUUAAAGUAAAUAUCUUAAUUCAAAAGGCUAUUCUCUGAUACCCUUUGCCCCCAUACUCUUUCACUCCUUAAAUUUGAAGUUUUUUGUUUUACUACUGCCCUAGAUUAUAUUCAAAACUUUAUCAGGGUUAUGAAAUUAGGUGAGUGAAUGAAUCUGCCCAAAUGUUGAAGGAACAAAUAUUUAAAAGCACUAUAUAAAGCUGAGAGGGGCAGGUAUAACGCUAAAUAAAACACAGUACUUGGGCUUAUGAUAAAUAAAACAUGGUCUUUGUGCCCUGCAGGCUACAUUAUCCAGGCAGCAGAAGGCAUAAAAGCUGCUUUCCAAAUUUAGAUGGCAAUUUUAGAUGUGAUGCCUGAUGUCAACUAUUCUCAAGUAUGCUAAAGCCCAAUUCUGCUGACCAAGCACCUGAGCAAGUGACCGGGCAGUCUCCACAGGGUCAUCUUUCUGAAGGUAGGAUUCGCAAGUGUAAAAAGUGGAUAGUGGCUCACGUGUCAAAGGAUGGCACGGUCACGAUCUAGAUCCCCCAGGUGGAAACACAGGUCUUUAUCACCAGUACCUAGAAAUGCUGAACACUACAAGCAAAGACAUUCACACGGGCAUUAUGGCUGUGAAUAUAGGAAGGAUCCAAAAAGACCCGUCGCUUGGAGAAUGGACAGUGAGAAACAUGGACAGAGUAAACCAAGGAUUCCCUCUCGUGGAAAUAUAUAUUACCAGUCUUAUGAACAUAGAUCACCUUCCCCUAACAUAAGAAACUCUUUAGAAAAUGUUUAUAUGUAUAAGCCUCACCGAGGAUAUUCGCCUGGAAGAGGGGACAGUAACAGGAGAGCUCAGUAUAUGCCCAAAUACUCAGAGGGUAUACCCUACAAAGAGCAUGAGAGGAAUUCUUAUCUCCAGAAAGUGCAAGGAGGGUAUAGUCCUGAUGACCACAGAGUUAGAGGAAGUGGAAAAGGAGGGAAACCACCUCAGAGGUCAAUAGCAGAUUCUUUUAGAUUUGAAGGAAAGUGGCAUGAAGAUGAGUUGAGGCACCAGAGGAUACAAGAAGAAAAAUACUCCCAGUCAACUAGAAGAGGCUCUGAAGACUUUGAGACAAGGAGCUCAUUUCAGAAGAGGUAUCCUGAGGAUCGUGAUUUCAGAAAAUAUGGACACACAUCAAAAAGACCUAAAGACGUGGAGAGGUAUGAAAGCAGAGAGCCUGCCAGGAACCCAAAGUGGAAGCCCGAGCAUUCCCUCCCACCUUACCAAGAGGACACAGAUCAGUGGAACCUUGGGCCCCAAACUUAUCGACAUGCUGAGAGGGAACACCCAGAGACCAGUUCAGCAACCAAAGUAUCCUAUGACUAUCGUCACAAACGUCCUAAGCUCUUGGAUGGGGACCAGGACUUUUCUGAUGGGAGAACUCAGAAGUACUGUAAGGAAGAAGAUAGAAAAUACAGUUUUCAAAAAGGCCCUCUAAAUAGAAAGUUAGAUUGUUUUAAUACUGGAAGAGGGAGAGAGACUCAAGAUGGACAAAUCAAAGAACCUUUUAAACCGUCUAAGAAAGACAGCAUUGCCUGUACUUAUUCAAAUAAAAAUGAUGUUGAUUUGAGGUCUAGUAAUGACAAACGGAAGGAAAAAAUAAGGAAAGAAGGGGAUUGUAGAAAAGAGAGCAAUUCUUCCAGUAACCAACUUGAUAAAAGUCAAAAACUUUCUGAUGUGAAACCCUCGCCUAUCAAUCUUAGGAAGAAAUCACUUACAGUUAAAGUAGAUGUGAAGAAAACAGUAGAUACAUUCAGGGUUGCUUCUAGCUAUUCCACAGAGAGACAGAUGUCACAUGAUUUGGUUGCUGUUGGCAGGAAAAGUGAGAACUUUCAUCCAGUGUUUGAACAUCUUGACUCAACUCAGAAUACUGAAAACAAACCUACAGGAGAAUUUGCUCAGGAAAUCAUAACAAUAAUCCAUCAAGUUAAAGCAAAUUAUUUUCCAUCACCUGGCAUUACUUUACACGAGCGUUUCUCAGCAAUGCAAGAUAUACACAAGGCAGAUGUAAAUGAAAUUACAUUGAAUUCAGAUCCAGAAAUACACAGGAGAAUAGAUAUGUCUUUGGCCGAGCUUCAGAGUAAACAAGCUGUGAUCUAUGAAUCGGAACAGACUCUGAUCAAAAUAAUAGAUCCAAAUGACCUACGACAUGACAUUGAAAGAAGGCGAAAAGAACGGUUACAGAAUGAAGAUGAGCACAUUUUUCACAUAGCUAGUGCUGCAGAGAGGGAUGAUAAGAAUUCCAGUUUUUCAAAGGUAAAGAAUAUUCAUACUGAUGGAUUCCAAAAACCUACACAUUUUAUAAAAUCAAAUUUUAGAAAAUGUAUUGAAAAACCUUACAUGAAUUAUACUACGCAGAGAAAAGACAUAAUUACUCACAAACCAUUUGAGGUUGAGGGAAACCACCGAAACACAAGAGUAAGACCUUUUAAGAGCAACUUUAGAGGUGGCAGAUGCCAGCCCAAUUAUAAAUCAGGCCUGGUACAGAAGAGCUUGUACAUUCAGGCUAAGUAUCAGCGUUUACGGUUCACUGGCCCAAGGGGAUUUAUCACUCAUAAAUUCAGAGAAAGAUUAAUGAGAAAAAAGAAGAUACAGGGUCUCGGCAUGUUGGCCAGGCUGGUCUCGAACUCGUGGGCUCAAGCGAUCCAACCUCCUCGGCCUCCCAAAGUGCUGGGAUUACAGGAAUAUACAGAUGUUGCCACAGGAAUCUAAUCUGAAAUCGUACAAAUGGAAAUGACGCUACAGGAGGAUGUUUCGGAGCAUCUCCUUUUGUCAGGAGUUAGAAGUGACACUAAGGCACUAAUACUGUAACUUCUUGAUAAAAUAACUUUAUUUUUUAGUAGUGGAAUGCUGCAACUUUUUUACACCUAACAAUUGCUUUUAAAUUACAGUAUUCAAUUUAAAAGUUGUAUUAACUACAGUUUCCUUUGCAAAAAGUCUCAAAAGAAUCACUUGAAGGGCAUUAUUUGUUGAUGCAUUUUUCUCUGAGCAUGGUUUCAUAGAGAGAACUUCACCAAGUAAUAUUCAGAUGUUUAUAUGUUGAAAGUUUUGCUUACGUAAUAAAAACAAAAACAAGUAUCUGAAUUGUAUAGUGUCUGUACAUGAAAGAACUUUAAACAGUGGCCUUAUGGUAGAAAAUUUUAUACCGGAUUUUUCUUUUUCUGAUGACAUUUUGGCUUAUAACUCAAAGUUUUCUUAAGUUUCUGAAGAUCAAGGCCUAUAUAAUUCAUACAUUUCAUAUUAUAAGAAGGCAAGAGACAAGGUGCUUCAAAUAUUCCAUCAGGUAGUUGUGAGUGCACUGAAUUUUUAGUAAUAUGUUCAUUCAGUUUUUUUCCACAACUAUUUGCUCUUUUCCAAUUUCAAAAUGCUAUUGUGGAAAAUAUGUAAAGAUUUUGUAAUCUAUAGUCCAUCUUAUUUUUCCCUCAGGGCAAGCUUGUGCAUAUCAUAUUUUUAAAGGCUUUUUAAAAAUCUGACAGACAAAAUCUCAUAUUUGAAAAUUGUACUUUACUACUACAGCAUUACACGUUUUGCAAGCACAUCUUAUAGAGUGUUUACUUUUAGUUCAGUUGAUAUGUAUUGCAUACCUACUAUGUGUAAGAGCAAAUGGAUGGGAUUUUAAAUGACAUUUUUAGGCCCCAAUACCUUAUUUCUUUAUGUUUUCUGUGUUCUGCUUAACAGUACAUAUACGUUCCCAAUUACAUUUUUGUGAAAUGUUUAUUUGUAAUAAAAUAAAAUAUUGUUGCUCUUUCUGCUUAAAGAAGUUACUUGCCAGUUUGUGAGAGCAUUAUUUUAAUUUUGUAUGAGACUUAUAGUCUUGGAUAGCACCUCUGUUUAAACAGUGUUUAAAGCACUGUUCUGUGCUUACAAAGACAGAGCUUUCAAAAUUAAAAUGUGAAGGUUGAUAAGAACUUGGCUUUUCAUGACUGGAUGUGAAAAAUCUUAGUACAUUCAGUUUUGUUUUCCAUAUCUUUAAAAGAUAGGGCAGCCUUUUCCUUAAGUGAGUUCAUGAUAAGGGCGGCAAGUGCACUUGAUUCAUUGCUAAGCAGGUAAUAAAUUUAGGUAGAUGGCCUGUCUUGAACUGUGUACAAUCUCUAUAGAUCAGGUUUUCCAAACAUAUUUAGCAUUCCACUUACGGUAAGAAAGAAAUGCAUGCACACGGGUAGUAUGGCAACUUUAUAUUGUGUUAGGUACUUAUAAAAUCUGUCUUAAAUUUUAAAAUAAUUGAUUUCAUUUACUCCCAUAUUCUAGGGGACAGUAAUGAGCUUUGAAUAUUUAAUCAUUUGAUUGACAACUAUGUAUUGCAUAGAUACUGUACUAAAAUUACAGCAAUGAACAAGAAGACAAGACACAUGGACCCUGCCUUUAUGGUACGAAGAGUCUAAUAGGAAAAACGGACAUUAAACAGAAAUGUAACUUGGUAAAUGGCCUUCAUAGCUCGAUUUUUAUUUAUUGUAACACAUAAAGGUAAGAUGGCUGAUUUACUAUUAUUCAUUCCACAACUGAUUCCCUAUUUGGAUAUUCUUUUGGCACUGUCUCAAAAUGCAAAACGUGUUAUCUGCAAAAUACCUAUGCAGAAAACAUUGUGUGUAUAAGAUCGAAAGCCUAAAAGGAAAAACCAACUUGAUAAUUUAGAGUACAAAAUAAGGACAGGGACCAUGUCUGUCUUGUCCACCAUAGUAUCCCCAGCACCCAGCUCCCUAUUUGACAUGUGGUAAGAGUUCAUUAAAUAUUAGUUGAAUAAUGAAUGAAUAAAUAGGGAAUAAUAGAAUAUGUUUAUUAGGAACUAUGUGUGUAAUUUUUAUAUGGAGGUUGAACAAAAGGUUAUCCAUAGCAUUUUUUAUUGACUGGAAAGAAUUUGAAUUAUUGAAUGCUUAAGACUUGAGAAGCGAAGUUUUUUUUUCUUUUUUUUUGAUAAGUCCCCUACCAUUGCCUCCUCACCUUCCUCCCCUACGUGCUAGGCCCUUCGCUGGUACUGGGAAGACAAAGAUACUAAGACACAGUCCCUGCUGUGAGGAAGCUCAUGCACUACUGAAGAAGAGAUUCACAAAAACAAAGAAUCACAAUGUAGAGUAAGUACUUUAGUGGACAUAUAUACAAAAGGUUGAGAGGAAAGUUGACAUUUCUGAUUCAGCAUUCCCUCGUCAUGUUUCUUUCCUAUUGGUUUCACCAACCUCAGAAGGCACUAUUCUGUUGGUGGUUUUACUGGUUUUAAAAAUUGAUGCAUUGGGGGAAACUGGGUAAAUUGUACGCGGAAUCUCUCUGUAUUAUUUCUUUUAUAGCUGCAUGUGAAUCUAGAGUUACUUCAACAUAAAUUUCAAUUUGAAGAAUUGCCCAUAGUCUUAUCACAGAGAACACUAUUAUAAAUAUUUUGGAUGAUACAUUUUCAUUUUUUUCUAUUGGAAAAAAACUCGCUACAUUUAUGUGUAACAAUUUAUGUAGAUGUAUACUAUGUACCACAUUUUACCUAAUAAAUCCUACAUUUUUGAAUAGUUUUUUUUUUAAAAAAAGAUGGGGAUACUUCCAGGCAGAAGCAAGAAAAGUAAAGCUGGAUGAGAAACUCUUAUCAUCUUUAUUACCCAGCAAAUUCAGUAACCACCAGGCACAAAUUCACCAGGAACAACCAAGCAAGGAAGGAAAGAGAAGAAGCUGAUGCAACAAGGUGUGGUAUGACUUCAUCCCUCGCCCAUCCCCAUAAGUAGCACUGAGUAAAACAAUGGAGAUGACAAAAAUAUUGGUAACAGUGGGCCCCAGUAUGGACAAAGGCACUGACGAGGUGACCAGGCCACGUGGAGGAGAGUCAAGGAAAACUCUUGGGACAACGAAGUCUUUGCUACCAUCUCAAGACCUCAGCAGAAGGGGUAAGAUUCACUAGGACUAGGCAUUUCCCAGGUCUCAGAGCAGCCUGGGAAAGCCAAAUCCUACAGAAGUCAGAGCCACCUUUGACUGUGUCUAGUGAGUUCUGGUUCUGGACAUUUAGUGGGAACCUAGAAGAGAGGGGAUACCAGGUUCCCCAACAGAGUUCCAUCAAAUAGGAUGAUUAUGAGCUCUGAGUCCAUUAAAAUACAGAAUGAACAUUUAAGAACUGAGGAAUCAUAGAUGUAGAAUAGUAUGUAAAUGUUAUAAAUCUUGACAAAGAAAAAUUAAUGUACAUUGACAAAUUCAGACAUGGAAGAGGUAAAGUGGGAUAAAGACUAAGAACUAACUGUCUCAUCAUUCAUGGCCAGGUGUCAUGUCACGUCAUGUCUUAAAAUUAUGGGGAAAAACUCUAGUGACCAACCUUAAGUUUUUCCACAAUCUUUUUUUUUUUUUCUUGACCUUAAUACAGUGGUUCUCAAAGUGUGGUCCCAGACCAGCAAUAUCAGCAUCACCUGAGAACUUGUUAAAAAUGCAGAUUCUUGGCCCCACCCCAGACCUCCUGAAUCAGAAACCCUGGGGGUGGGGCCAAGCAAUCUGUGAUUUAACAAGUCCUCCAGGGGAUUCUGGCACAUACUUGAGUUUGAGAAUAACUGGCUUACUUAUCCCUUUUAGGAACCAAUGAAGAAACAUUUAUCUGAAGUUCAGCAGCCCCUUCAAUUUAAUUCCUAAUUUUUUUUCUAUUGCAUUCAAAUAAAGUUAAAUCUAAAACUUAUUAGCUGGCCGGGCACGGUGGCUCACGCCUAUAAUCCCAGCACUUUGGGAGGCCAAGGUGAGUGGAUCACUUGAGGUCAGGAGUUUGAGACCAGCCUGGCCAAUAUGGUGAAACCCCAUCUCUACUAAAAAUAUAAAAAUUAGCCGGGCGCAGUAGCAUGUACCUGUAAUCCCAGCUACUUGGGAGGCUAGGCAGGAGAAUCGCUUAAACCCGGGAGGCGAAGGUUACAGUGAGCCAAGGCCACGCCAUUGCACUCCAGCAUGGGUGACAGAGCGAGACUCCAUCUCAAAAAAGAAAAUAAAUAAAUGAAACUUGUUAGAAUAAAAAGUUUAGGGAUUCCCACCGUCAAUCCUGUCUGUACAUAUGAGUGAAUUGAGAGGUCUGGAAACAUACCCACCCACUGUUAACACUGUUGAUUUUUUUAAAUGGUGGGAUUAUGAGUGACUGUACUCUUCUGUAUCUAUCAAAUAUAAUGAAUGUUGUAUCAUUUUUAUAAAAUAAAGUCUUUCUUUUUUAAAA